AUCCAUUCCGAUCAGUAGGGACGAAUAAUGCGUUCAGGCAGGACGUAUUCUAAGCUCGUGAUUUGUAUCCGCGUCAUCAGCCGUCGACUGAUAAACACUGGAUCCGAAGCACUUUAGAGGCUUUAGAGAAUCAAAAGGUUUUAAGGAGCUCUGGAACAAGUUCCUGUCACGUCUGCGAUAAAAAGAAUUCUCUGGAACCCGCAGAGUAUCGAAUCAGCAUUUGUAAAACGAGGACUUUUUAUUUCUGGAAUAAUCCUUUUUGUGAAAAAGGACAUCUUAGAUAUUCUUCAAAAAAUAUUCUGGCUGUUAAGGAGUCCAGGAUAUGAGUGGAGUGACAUCUUGGGAAAACAUACAACAAUUCAGACCGGUCAAAUUUUGUAUUAAAUAAGACAUUUAGACGAGGCAGAAACACACAGGAAAUUAAGAUGACGUCUCCCGAAGACAUCUUGGAUGACGGAAUCAUCAAGUCACUCAACUCGCUGUCAAAAGAAUGGAGGGAAAUGGUGAUGGAGGCGUGGAUGGAUCUGUUCGAGCAGGAAACAGAGGAUACCGUCAAUGUUAUAGAGGAGUCCCGAAUGAUGAUACGUUCCACCCUCCUUGAUUUCAAUUACGAAAACCAGCAACUCAAAAACGAGGCACGCAUGCUUGAAGAAAAACGAAAGCAAGAUGACUUUAACCAUCAACACAAAGGUCGAGAAUCAAAAAUGGAGGGUGAGAUACGACCGAAGAGUCGAAGUCUUGCUCAAAUACGUAAUGAACGCGCUCAAAGUAGAGCACAGAGUCGCAAUGACCGUAGUUGGGGUGAUUUGGCAGAUCUCCGCAGGGAAACAUCAUACAUUCGAAGUCCCACUACGCUUAGUGUCAGUGAAGUACGACCAAGUAGAAGUCAAACCCGUGAUAAUGAGAGUUGGGGAGAACUGUCGGCAGCACGACCAGAUAAGAUUAGAAGCCGUAGCCCGAGACCAGAGUCACGCCCCUUCAGUACUCUCAGUUCGGGAGAGCCACUAUUGACUAACGACCAGAUGAAAAAGGAGACAGAUAUGAUCAUUGGCGACAUGCAGAAUGCUGACUACAAGUUAAUGAAGGAACGAGAACGGCAGGUAGAACAGAUGUUGAAGCGUCGGGAGGAGAAAAUGGAGGAUAAAAAGAAUGAGCUGAGGAACCAAGCCCAGGCCAUCUUGAACAAAGCCAUCCAGAUGAGUAACUCGGCUGCCUCCGAUAAGAAAAAGGUAGACAUUCAACUGCAGGCCAGACUGGACGAGCUAAAGAAAAACAAAAUGAAGGACUCUGGCCGACGAUCUCAGCAAUACCAUGAAGAAAUGGAUGACAUAGAGGAAAUCCAUAUGUGAUAACCACGCAAUAUAUUUGUGUUUAUAGUUAAUGUUUGGUGAUAGAGGAAAGUAUCUGGUGACGGCUACGUCAUUAGGGGAAUCCAUUGUGUUAUUUAGAUGAAGUUACUUUGGCAACAAAAACUAUGUCAUAUAUUCAGUGACCAGGAUUUAUGUUUUUUGGUGAAAAAUUCAAUAGAAAUUCAUGAUUUUAUGACUGUGACAAAGUAUGAAACAGUUUGGACAUAACAGAAUGGUACAAAGGGAGAUAAUCUCAACAUAAUUACAACGAUUGACAAAAUUCAAGUGGGAGUGCAUUGAUUUCAUUCCAGACAAAUACACUUUUAAAUAGGGAGUUGUAAGAUAUCUUUGUUUAACAUGGUUUUAUAAUUCAAAUUACUUCAGCUGUAAGUCUCAUUUAGAUAAACUCAGGUGUCGCUUAUGUUUUGUACAUAUAUAUUAAUUUUUAUCAAAGGAGUUUUGUACGAUCACAAUUCUUAUUGGUCAUUUUCUUCUCAGCAUCUUUCUCGAUUAAGUUAAAAAAGUGACGUAAAACUCCAGUGAAAUAUGAUAUAUGGCUAAAAUUCUAAUGUUCUAACAACAGAUACCAGUAUGAUUUUUUAUCUGUCAAAACCAUGUCAAAUUGAAAAAAAAACAGAAGUUGUUAAGGAUGAUUCUUUGGCACUGGAUCUUUCUUAGGUAAAUUAGUGUUAUUAUUAUUCAGAUAAAAAUAUAACUAUGUAGCUAUAUAUUUUAUAUACAGGAUACUUCUUUGUACAUAGUAUAUCAUUUCGUUCUGCCGUUAUCUGUUUAAAUUCAUAAAAUUUUGUAAUUUUAAUAAUCUAUGUUGUAUUUUAUAUUAUACAAUGAUGUGUAAAAAUAAUGCCGUCAAUAAUUUUAAACGGGUGUUUUGAAAACAUAUUCAUUGGUGAUCAAUCGAAAUAGCCUUAUUUUAAUAUAUCUAUAUAUGUAGGUAAUUAUUAAGCGCUUAAUACAGUUUCCAUACAUCUAUUUAUAGAAAUAAGCAAUAUUUUAAAGUUGCUUUUGAUUGUUCUGACAUGCCACUGUCUGAUAUUGUCUGGAAUACAGAGUCUGUUCAGUUUAACAAAUCAAUGUGUAACCUGAAAGACAUAUGUGUUGUUUUGAAAUAUACAUUGUAGCAGUAUAGUUAAUGGGAAAACGUCCUCAAUUCAUAUAUUCUGAAUAAACGGAACGGUUUAAAUUGCCAUAAAUGGUUUUUAGUAUUUCGCAUGGGCAAAUUGUGUUGCACUACAUUUCUUUCGUAAUAUCAACGUGUUACUAUAUUCACGAACAAUGCACCUUUUAAACAUGUUGCAAACGUUCCAAGAUCAACUCAUCCCUUUGUCAAGCUAUGACUUCAGUCAGUCUUGAAACGUUACGACAUGUUGAAUGCGUACAUUGCUUGUGUUUAAGGAAUAUUUUGAUAUUACAUACGUAUAUCCAAACUGGUAAAUGUUAUUGAAGAAACUUUGUUCGUAGUUUGUUUAUAUAAGUAAGUGUUGAUUUAGCACACUUUCAUUUGCAAACAAAAACAAAAAAAGUAAAAUCAACAUCUUAGGAUAUUUUGAGAACUAUGUAACAACCAUUCCCUUAGAAUGGCAUACAUACACGGCUAACGUGUAACAAAGGAUCGACAUCAAUUGUGUAUUUCUCGAUAUUUAGUAAAAUAUGUUUGCCUUUAAACAAAAGUAAUCUCAUUGACGAUAAUA